AUGCACAUCUUGCCAAUUCCAAUGAGGUGGGGUCACGGUGACAAUUACGCCUACUUGUUAAUCGACGACAAGUCAAAGAAUGCAUGGUUGAUAGACCCCGCCGUGCCUCUGGAGGUGACCGAGUUUAUCAAACAGCACAAGCCGCAAUACGAAUUGAAAGCUAUAGUCAACACGCACCACCACUAUGACCAUUCCGACGGCAACGAGGAGUUUCACAAACGAUACCCUGACCUCCCAAUAAUUGCAGGCAAAGAUUCUCCUUUGGUCACGUAUACUCCAUCACAUGAAGAGGUCAUUGACUUGGGUGACGACUUGCUGGUUACUGCAUUGCAUACACCUUGCCAUACGCAAGACUCCAUCUGCUAUUUCGUGCAAGACGCCAAAACUGGGCAAAAGGCAGUGUUUACUGGCGACACCUUGUUUAUCAGUGGAUGCGGCCGAUUCUUUGAGGGCACGGGCGCCGAGAUGAACGCGGCGUUGAAUAAGGUCUUGGGCAAAUUACCCAAGGAUACUAAAGUUUACCCGGGGCAUGAAUAUACUAAAUCGAAUGUCAAGUUCAGCAAGACUAUAUUGGAUAACGAGGCUAUUAAGGAAUUGGACGCAUUUGCUAAUAAGCACGAAUAUACUACUGGCGAGUUUACUAUUGGUGACGAGUUGCAGUUUAAUCCGUUUAUGAGAUUGGCAGACCCGCAAGUUCAGUCCAAGACGGGAUUGACUCAGGCUGAUGACGUAAUGACGAAAUUGAGAGAAAUGAAGAAUAACUCAUGA